AAAAAAAAUAAAAUGAAAUGAAAUCAAAGAAAAAAAAAAUAAAUAAAUUGUAUAAUCGAAUACUUUUUUAUUGAUAAUAGUGCUAAUAAUGAACUCUUUAGUAAAUAUUAUUAUAUUAUGGUUUAUAAUUGGAGUAAAUUGUCAAAUGGGAAGAUAUGGUCAUACUGCUACACUUAUUGACAAAAAAUUGUAUAUUUUAGGUGGAAACAGCAAUGGUAAAUUUAAUGAUACUGGAAAACACUUCUUUUAUCUAGAUGUUUCGGCUUCAUUUAAUACUCAAGAAUUAUUAUGGCAUAAUUUAUCAAACAUUAAUACCGUUCCAUCGCAUGAUUUUGCUGUAUCUGUUAAAGGUGGUCCAAAGAAUAAUACAUUGUUUUUAUAUGGAGCGACGAAAGGUUAUGAGCUUGCUACCUAUAUGUUUACUCCACAAAGCAAUAUAUGGGGUGUCCCCAUAACUUUGUUUAGUACGAAUCAUUUUACUAGACAAUAUUCAACGAGUACAAUAGAUUACAACGGAAAAAUGUACUUGUGGGGUGGACAGCCUUCUAUUUUAUUCUCUAAUGAAAUAUAUAUUUUGGAUACAAUAAAUCUUAUAUGGGGAUCAGGGAAUUUGGUUGGUGCACCAGCUCCAAGAGUCGAUUGUAGAACCGUUUUUUUACCCAAUAAUAAGAUUGUUUACAUUGGUGGUAGUAAUAGUAGUAAUUAUAAUUUCCAAUUAGAUCAGGUUUAUUUGUAUGAUACAAUUCAAGAUAAUUGGAGUGUACAAAACACCUCUGGAGAUAUUCCUACUACAAGGAUAGGAUUUUCUUCUAUUCUUGGAUUAGAUGGUCAAAGAAUAAUAAUUUUUGGAGGAAAUAAAAUUGAUUCUACAGAUGCACUUUAUGUAUUAAAUACAACAAACUUUGAAUGGUAUGUUCCAAAGAUUUCUGGCAAGCUUCCAGAAAGUCGAUAUUUUCAUAUGGCAAAUGUAAUUGAAAAAUACAUGGUCGUAUCAUUCGGAAUAAGUAACGUUAAUUCUAAGUUAAUUGAUGGUGAAGAUGCUAUUUUAUUACUUGAUAUCAGUAAUAAUGAUGAAUAUCAGUGGACAACGAGCUUUGAAGUUCUACCACCGCCACCUACAUCUUCACCUCCACCACCAAAUAAUACAAAUAAUACAUCACCAAUUAUAGUUGCCGCGGUCAUAGGAUCAUUAAUCGGUAGUUUAUCAAUAGCGGUUGGAUGUUUUCUUUUAUAUAAAAGCAAACAAAAACGUGGUGUGAUGCUUAUUUCCGGAAAUGAAAAUAUAACUAGCGAUCGACAACCAGUUACAAAUGGUAAUCUUGGGCAAAGAUAAAUUCUGCUAUAUUAUUUUGGACUUUGGAAAGUUUAACAAUGGAAUGCUUUAGAAGAAAGGAACGAAUAACGUUAAAGAAAAUUUUAUAUUAAUGAAAACAUCACAAUAAAAUAAUAGUCGCAUUCAAAUUAUUUGCAGCGUUAGUGGUGUAUUAUGCUAUUAUUUUUGAACCAACAAUGUUUAGUAAUUUUAAUUUGGUAUUCCAAAAGCUGACGUUAGUUUUAUAGAUAAAAAUAGAAAUUCUGAAAUAAAAAGCUAAUCCUUUUAUAAUUUUUAUUAUAAUUUAAUUUUAAUUAACAUCUUUUGGAGAAAAUGGAAUGAAAUAAUUUCUUAUGUUAAUAAAGUAAAAGUUAUGUAACAAAUUAUUUCCGUUGUGAAAUGAUAAAUUACUUGUUAGAGUAAAGAAAAAUUUUUGGAGCAAUUAGACAAUCGCUUGCUUUUUUUUUUUUUU